UUUAUAACUUUUUUUUUUUUUUUUUUUUGGGGGUGGGAUUGAGUUGAAGUUUUGUUCCGCGUCUCAUUUGUUUCCAGUCGGUGUGUCGUUUUUGACGGCUGCGCUGGACUCGUCUAUACAAAUAAGUCGAAAGGGCCAGCGUUCAUCAUGGAGUUCGCCGAGCUGAUCAAGACGCCCCGGGUGGACGGGGUGGUCCUCCGGCGGCCUUUUCUGCCCACCGUGGAGGGCACCUUGUGCCUGACGGGCCACCACCUCAUCCUGUCGUCCAGACAGGACAACGCGGAGGAGUUGUGGCUGCUUCAUUCCAACAUUGACUCCAUCGAGAAAAGGUUUGUGGGCUCUCUCGGGCAGAUCAUUGUCAAAUGUAAAGACCUGCGAGUGAUCCAGCUGGAUAUUCCUGGGAUGGAGGAGUGCAUCAACAUUGCCAGUUCUAUUGAGGCUCUCUCGACGCUUGACUCCGUCUCCUUGAUGUACCCUUUCUUCUACCGGCCCAUGUUUGAGGUGGUCGACGACGGGUGGAAUUCUUUCCGUCCUCGAGAUGUUUUUAAAGAUCUCGAGUCAAUGACGGACGAGUGGCGGCUGAGCGAAGUCAACAAGGACUCGGACGUGUGUCCGUCUUACCCUCCCCUGGUGGCGGUGCCCAAGGGCGUCGACGACGACGCGCUGAGGGCAGCCGCGGCGUUCCGUCACGGCGGCCGCUUCCCUGUUCUCAGCUACUACCACAAGAAGAACGGCAUGGUGAUGAUGAGAGCUGCUCAGCCUCUCACGGGCACCAACGGGCGGCGCUGCAAGGAAGACGAGAAGCUCAUCAACGCCACCCUGAGGCCCGGCAAGCGCGGCUACGUCAUCGACACGCGCGCCAUCAACGUGGCUCAGCAGGCCAAAGCCAAAGGGGGCGGCUUCGAGUCCGAGGCCAACUACCCGCAGUGGAGGAGGAUCCACAAAGCCGUGGAAAGGUCCGGCGUGCUGCAGGAGAGUCUCAUCAAGCUGGUGGAGGCGUGCAACGAGCAGUCGCACAGCAUGGACCGCUGGCUCAGCAAGUUGGAGGCGUCCAGUUGGCUGGCUCACGUCAAGGAGGUCCUGACCGCCGCUUGCCUGGCGGCGCAGUGCAUCGACAGGGAGGCGGCGUCCGUCCUGGUCCACGGCACGGAAGGCGUCGACUCCACGCUCCAAAUCACCUCCUUGGCUCAGAUCAUCCUGGAUCCUGGCUGCAGGACGGUCCGAGGCUUCCAGGGCCUGGUGGAGCGGGAGUGGGUCCAGGCGGGUCACCCGUUCCGGCAGCGUUGCGCCCAGUCGGCCUACUCCGGCGGCAAACCUCGCCACGAGGCUCCCGUCUUCCUGCUCUUCCUGGACUGCGUGUGGCAGAUCCUGCGGCAGUUUCCGUGUUCCUUCCAGUUCGGCGAGGCCUUCCUGGUGCUCCUCUUCGAGCACGCCUACUCUUCCCAGUUUGGCACUUUUCUGGGCAACAGCGCGGCCGAGAGGGCCAAACUGUCGGUCCCCGAGAAGACGGUCUCCCUGUGGUCGUGGCUGAACCGGCCCCAGGAGCUGGAGCGACUGACCAAUCCGCUCUACGAGGCCAACGGUUUGGUCAUCUGGCCCUCGGUGGCCCCUCAGAGCCUGCUGCUGUGGGAGGGCGUUUUCCUGCGCUGGAACCGCUCGUCCGAGCGGCUGGACGAGGCCCACGAGGAAAUGGUCCACAUCGUGGCGUACAACAAGGCGCUCCAGAACCGAGUCAACCUCCUGCGCCGGCAGCUGGCCCAGCUGGAGACGGAAGAGCCGCUCCCCCAAACGCCGUAGACGGCAGGUACAAAGGAAGACCCGCCGGCCGGCGGGAUUUCCUUUUGUGUCUCGCGUCACAUUUUCAUUUCUUGGCUGCUGGAAAAAGACUAUAAACGUUCCUCGCGUGAGCUUUCAACACAACCGGACGGCCGAAUUAUCGAGCGGUCAAACCGCGCCUGUCCUCUUUUCCCUCAUUUUUCGCAAAUCUUGAAAGUCUGUCAAUAAUCCGUCGAGGAUCAAAAAGCCUGCGUAGGAUUUGUACAUUAUUUUGGCCAGCGCGAGUCUCCAAAACGGACAGCGAGGGCACCGAAUUCCAAAAUCUGAAAAUAUUUCUCUUGCGACUACUCGAACGGAGUAAAACCAACCGUGAGGGUCGCGUGGAUAGCGUGCAAGCUAACGCACGUAUGCGAUGCAGCGAGGAACAAUUGCGAGUUGACAAAAGGAAGCGGAAGAAUGCGGGCGAGGCCGCUCACGCUGUCCUAUUGAAAGUCAAAUGAUGACGCCCAAAUAAAAGAACGAGCAAAUCAUGACAAAACCGCCACUUGAAACACUCUUCGCCUCUUUGGUGCCGCAAAGCAUGCUGGGAGUGGCGAUGAUUUGUUCACUCGUAAUGACCAAUUGACUUUUUCUUUGGCUGCAUGUUGAGCUGUCCCAAUAUCUUAAAAAUAGUCAUAAUAUGAAGCACGACAAGCGUAGGGAGGGCGCGUUUGCGCGUCAAGUGAAAUGCGCAACUUGGCUGUCCGGGUCCCACAAAAGAAGUGGAUCAGAACCUUCUGCCUCGACAAAUGUUAGUCAUGCUCGCUUAAUGUGUUCAUUGGUCUGUUUUUGCCUUGAAUGUCUUGUGGGUGUGUCCGGUGAUGAUUUGGCCUUUUGACGGCUUUACGUCGUCGCUGCCUUGAGCGACAAACAAAUGGAAAAAAUGUAUGGAAAUAGCAUUCAUUUUUCUUGAGGAAAAUGACAUAUCGCAAUCUUGCUCUUUCUAAAAAUCAUUCAAUACAAUAUAAAAAUUUCAA